AAUUAUACGCUACCAAAAUGAUUAAUUUUUUACAAUAUUCAAUGUUUUCUUUAUUAUUUAUUUAUUUUUAGUAAGAGUAGUGCUUUCUGAAGUGGGAUAUGCCAAAGUUUGAAAACCACCGAGCUGUAGCGAGCUAUUCAGCCUCAGCUGUCAGAGAUCUGUACUCCAAAUAACCACAUAAUCAGCCAUGUAUGCCUUAAUCAAGGUCUCUGGACUAAAAUGUUAAUCAAGACCUGCACAGAAAUGAGAAGGAGGAGGAUUUGCUGGCUUCUGUUCUCUUUUGUCUCUUCAUGUUAUAGUUCUUUGAAGCCGGCCCCUUUCCUGCAGGAAAUUUUAUAUUCCUGUUCAUGAGAUCACUGCUUCCCGUAUUUCAGUUUUGCGUGUGUGUGCUUGUGCCUUCAGGUAUGGGUAAGUGUUCACUUCCUUCAUCUCUGACCGGAUAGGAACAACAGCAGGAGAAAGGAAAGACAAUAUAAUUACUGAGUAAAAGAAAGUGAAAUACCGUGAUCCCACUCACUCGCUCCCUAAGAUUUCCAGAAAGUGUGGCAGCAUUUAAGAAUCAGUCGUAAAACGUAAGCACAAACUCUCUUAGGGGAAGUGAUGAACGGCAGACAAAAACACCGUUAAACACACCCUUACAGUCAGACAUGUAUACCUAUCUCCUCGGUGUCAUCUGCUUCGUCUGUAUCUUCCAAGCUGGUCUCUGUGCUGAAGAAUGCCAACUUAGUAUUUUGGCAAAACGCGAUAUGGAUUAUGUGCCAGAAGGGGACAGCUUGUCAUUGUCCUGUGUAGUUCAGCACUGUGGAAACAACUGGACCGCUGCCUGGAUGUGGGAAAAUUCAACAUAUGAUUUUAGGAAGCCUGUGAAGGAAAGCGAGAGACACCAUUUGACCAACAAGACAAUUUCAGCCAGUCAGACAAAGCUAUUCUUAAACAUCCAGAGUGUCAACCAGUCGGAUGAAGGUUCCUAUGGAUGCAUGGUUGUUUGGGAUACAGGUGUAAGUGAAAAUGGACAUCGCACGCACGUGAACAUUACCGCAGCUCUCAUCACAGGUCCCUCUCCAAGGAAACUCCUGCACAGGGUUUUGAUCUGUGCUUGUGCAUUACUCUGCCUUCCCAUCAUCCUGGAAUUGGCUCGCUGUCUGAGCUCAGAGGUCAAACCACAGCCACUUCCCAGGGCACAGGUCAUAUACGAAGUUCCAUACGCAACCCAACCAACCAUCUUGGCUCCUCAACCUCCACCUCGAUGCCCGGUACCACAGAAAUGCAAAGCAUACCCUCCCAAAGCUCCACCUAAAGUCAAGAGGAAGCCAGAAGUGAUGUAUGCAGUGAUUUCCCAAGGUGCACUGAAGCAGCAGAGAGCCACGAGACAGCCUGCCCAGUCUGCAACUGUCUACUCAUCCCUCAGAUUUGACAACCCCUAAUGGAGUUAUGCAUUAUUUUUAUGAAUUAAAAAUAAUCCCAUAUCUGCUAUUUUUCCAUCUAGAACCUUUGGGGGGAGAGGGUGUGAGGUGCUAGUUUCAAUCUCCCUGUUUGAAUCUCCCUGUAUUGAGCAGUUUCAUGUAGGAACUACUCUUCCUGCCAAAUUACAACCGCCAGCCACAUCACCUGACCGAAACAAGCCAGCAGCUAGCUAGUAACACAGGACAGGAGGAGAGAGGGAAUUGCCUGUACUUAUUAUCUCCUACCAUACUGUCACACUGAGCAGGAGCCUCUCACCACAGAUGCAGCUUCCUUCUAAAAAACCAAAACACAUGUAUAGUCCUGUAAGAAGGUUUUCUUGGGACUCUGUGCAGUCCUAUGAAAAACUAAGAAGACCUUUGCUGCUUCCAUAGGAAUUAAAAGAGUAAGUAGCAGCUAGGUGGAGUUGAUCAAAUGCAUCUGAUAAGCUGAUCACCAGGUGUGAACGCCUCUAUGAGAGCAGAGGUUUUGGCAGUGUGGAGGUCUGGAGCAUUCAGGUGUGUGUGAACACAAUUCCAAGGAGGGAAGACAUCAGCAAUGUUCUUAAAGAAGCAAUUGCUGCUGCCGGGAAGAACUACAUAACAGAAUCAGCGGGCUGGGUUAGAUGUGGAUAAAAACGAACAAAAACAGAUGAGUAUGGCUUUUUUGGAUCUUUUAUGACAAGAAAACUUAUUUUCUCUAAAAAGAACAUAGCAGCACGACUUAGGUUUAUGAAAUUGCAUCUGAAUAAAUCUGAGGACUUCUGGAACAGUGUUCUUUGGACAGAUGAGACCAAAGUGAAGCUGUUUGGCUGUAAUGUACAGCACCAUGUUUGAGAAAGACCAAACACAGCAUAUCAGCACAAACACCUCAUACUAGCAGUCAAGCACGGUGGUGGAGGGGUGAUGUUUUUGGCUUGUUUUGCAGAUACAGGACCUGGGGACCUUGGAGUCAUUGAGUCAAUCAUUAACUCUCCUGAAUACCAAAUUAUUGUACAGUAGAAUGUGAGGACAUCAGUGUGACAGCUAAAGUUGGGCUGCACCUGGGUCAUGCAGCAGGGCAAUAAUUCCAAGCACAGCAGCAAAUCUACAACAGAACAGCUGAGAAAGAGAAAGAUUGAUGUGUUGCAACGAUGUGGUCAAAGUUCAGACCUCAACCCGACUGAUA